GCCUUCACUCUGGAGCGGCCCGGGCAGCCGCAGCAGGGGCGGCGGCGGCGGCGCAUCGAGGAACUCUCCAGGUCGUCCCGGGAGAGGCUGCUGCAGUCCCGGGACAGGAUGUUCUCCAAGUUCACCUCCAUCCUGCAGCACGCCGUGGAGGCGCUUGCGCCCUCUCUUCCUUUACAAGAAGAUUUUGUUUAUCACUGGAAGGCGAUUACCCAUUACUACAUAGAGACCUCAGAUGAUAAAGCCCCUGUGACUGAUACGAACAUUCCAUCCCACCUGGAGCAGAUGUUAGAUAUACUGGUUCAAGAAGAAAAUGAGCGGGAAUCUGGAGAGACGGGGCCGUGCAUGGAAUACUUGCUCCAUCAUAAAAUCUUGGAAACGCUGUACACGUUAGGGAAAGCUGACUGUCCUCCGGGCAUGAAGCAGCAGGUUUUGCUGUUCUACACUAAACUUCUGGGAAGGAUCCGGCAGCCGCUGCUUCCCCACAUUAACGUGUACCGGCCAGUGCAGAAAUUAAUUCGACUCUGUGGUGAAGUCCUUGCAACACCAACGGAAAAUGAAGAGAUUCAGUUUCUCUGUAUUGUGUGUGCAAAGCUGAAACAAGAUCCCUACUUGGUUAAUUUUUUUCUGGAGAAUAAAUUGAAGUCAUUGGCUUCCAGAGGAACACUGAAUGUAAUUUCAGAAGACACGUUGAAAGGUCAGGAUUCCUUGUCAACUGAUACAGGCCAGUCCUGUCAGCCCGAGGAGCUGUGUGGUGCUACCAGAGUGGAACACACAGAGUCCGAGGAGGAGCCCCCUCACCAGAUGGAUGACCUGUCCACAAGCUUAGAUGACCUCAACGUCACCUCACUGCCAGAGGCCUGCGUUGUUCGCCCAAACCAGGAUUACAACCUAGUGAAUUCCUUGUUAAACCUUACCAGAAGUCCUGACGGCCGGAUCGCUGUGAAAGCGUGCGAGGGCUUGAUGCUGUUGGUGAGCUUGCCAGAGCCUGCAGCUGCAAAGUGCCUUACGCAGAGCACUUGCUUGUGCGAACUGCUGACCGACAGACUCGCCUCCCUGUACAAGGCCCUACCUCAGUCAGUGGAUCCCUUAGAUAUUGAGACUGUGGAAGCCAUCAAUUGGGGGUUGGACUCCUACAGUCAUAAAGAAGAUGCUACAGCAUUCCCUGGGAAACGAGCCUUAAUUUCAUUUCUUUCCUGGUUUGAUUAUUGUGAUCAGCUCAUUAAGGAAGCACAAAAGACGACUGCUGUUGCUCUUGCCAAAGCUGUUCAUGAAAGAUUUUUCACCGGUGUAAUGGAGCCUCAGUUAAUGCAGACUUCUGAGAUGGGCAUUCUCACGGCCACUGCCCUGCUGCAUCGUAUUGUUCGACAAGUAACCUCUGAUGUUUUGCUGCAAGAAAUGGUGGUUUUUAUCCUCGGAGAGCAGAGGGAACCGGAAACUCUGGCAGAAAUCAGCAGACAUCCUCUAAGACAUAGGUUAAUUGAACAUUGUGAUCAUAUAUCUGAUGAGAUAAGCAUAAUGACACUGAGAAUGUUUGAACAUCUUCUACAAAAGCCCAAUGAGCACAUCCUUUACAAUUUGGUCCUAAGAAAUCUUGAAGAAAGAAAUUAUACAGAAUAUAAACCUUUGUGCCCCGAAGACAAGGACAUGGUCGAGAAUGGCUUAAUAGCAGGAGCAGUAGAUCUGGAGGAAGAUCCAUUAUUUACUGACAUUUCACCAGAUAACACUUUGUCAAACCAAGAGUGGCUUAGUUCCUCUCCUCGGGCUAGUCCAGACCACCCCAAAAAUGACGGCAAAACUGAAGUUCAUAAGAUCGUGAAUAGCUUUCUCUGUCUGGUUCCUGAUGAAGCAAAAUCAUCCUACCAUGUUGAAGGCACUGGAUAUGAUACCUACCUCCGAGAUGCUCAUAGACAGUUCCGGGACUACUGUGCUAUCUGCUUAAGAUGGGAGUGGCCGGGGUCUCCAAAAGCGUUGGAAAAGUGUAAUUUAGAAGCAGCUUUCUUUGAAGGCCAUUUUUUGAAGGUUUUAUUUGACAGAAUGGGAAGAAUUCUUGAUCAGCCUUACGAUGUGAAUCUGCAGGUGACCUCGGUGUUAUCCAGACUGUCCCUCUUCCCCCACCCACACAUCCAUGAGUACCUUCUGGAUCCCUACGUGAACCUGGCCUCUGGCUGCAGAUCCCUCUUCUCCGUGACUGUCAGGGUUGUUGGAGACCUUAUGAUUCGAAUUCAGCGAAUUCAAGACUUCACUCCCAAACUUCUGCUUGUCAGAAAGCGACUACUUGGUUUGGAACCCGAAGGCCCUAUCAUCGACCACAUCACGUUGCUAGAGGGAGUGAUCGUGUUAGAAGAGUUCUGUAAGGAGCUGGCUGCAAUUGCAUUUGUGAAGUACCAUGCUUCCUCCACUCCGUGAAGAGCUUCUUCCAAGUCCUGGGUGACCCAUACUGUUGUGUCCAUUUCAUCUGCAAGGACUCAUUGCCACCCAGCCAUUGGAGGACACAAAGCCCUUUAAAUGAAGCAUUGCUGUAAACUGGACAGAGCCACUAAGAACCCAUUGAGUGGACACUUGUGGUCACAUGCGGCAUAAUGUUUUCCUUGGCUUUAUCAUAAGGGUUCUCUGUAUAAAAUUGCACAUUGUUGGCCAGGAUACAAUCAGAGGAACUUCAGGAAGUAAGCAUUUCUAAUGACUGGGGAAAGCUGCAAAAUUUCUGGUGUCAUGACUGAUGAUUUUCUGUUAUCUUAAUAUCCUUUCUGGCUGCAAGGCAUCUUGACAUUCUCUGGGACUCAAACGCUUGUAUUCUUUUGAAUUAAUAAGUAGCAGUAAAAGAAAAAAUUCACUAAUUUUAUAACUUUUUAAGGUUAAGAGUCUGGUGAAACAAAAUCUUUAGAAAAACUAUAAAUGAGAAAAAAUACAAUUCAAGAACCAUCCAGUGAAUUCCAUGGAAGAGAAAAACAUAGAGUAGCACUAGCUUUCUUCAGCCUUUCUAAGAAUAACAAUUUAACAUGGUAAAGAAAUUCUUGAUUAAUAUAUAUUUUUAAAGAAAUGCUCCUUCACUUCUUUGUGCCCACAGCCAUGUCAGCGAUUAAUUUUCACGUGUGGGUCCCACUUUAUUUAAACUGUCAUUUUGCAACAGCAUUGAAUUUGUGCUCAUCAUUAAUAGCAUUUGCAAAAAUAGUAUUUUUCUAAGCUAGCUAAUGUACUGGGUUGAGAACUUUCCCCCUCUCACACCUCUCUGAAAAUUGCUUUAUGGAAUUGCUUUAUAAUUAAUUUUCUUACUGAAGUGCAUGGUAGAGUCGGCAACUGACUGACUGAUAACCCGUAGGCAGCAAUCAAUGCCAAUGGCCUCUUAAUGUUUACAUUUUUUUCAUUUUGUUCAGUCUUUUGUCUUAAAUGAUCUAAGAAAAUUUUAAAGUCUUUUAAAUGUGCUGUUUACAUGUUACAGGAUUUGCGGGGACUGGGUGUGGUGAGUGUGUGCAGUGUAGGCGUGUGUAGGUGGCCCACGCUUGGUGCACAGUGUGGUGUGUGUGAAUCGCAGCCCUGUUUGUUUGUGUCUUUCCAGCCGUUCUCUAAGUGACACUUGUCACUCAAAUAUUGCUUUUAAGAUAAUUUCUCUGUUCUUGUUGAGUUGUUAAAGCAGCAGCACUUUUCCUCUCCAUCUUCCCGUCGUGCUACUUAGGGAGAGACUGUCACACGUCCCAGCCGGGGAGGAGCUGCCUCUGCCCUCCUGAGAAGCCGCUUCAUGUGGCCUGUGCUUGUUAGUGUGCUCAGCGUCUCUCUGCUCAUUUUGUUGUACUCGUGUUUCUGAUUUAUAGUUAGUUUUUUCUAUUUAUUAAGAACAAAAUAAGUCUCACCUAGAAUACUCAUGAUUGUUAAAACAACAAAACAUUUCUAAUGCAAUGCAAGGCUCUCUUAGCGUUUUCUAGGAACUUUUAAGUGAAAUAAGGAAGCAGACAUGGGAGAUUGCUUCCUCAUGCAUGAUUUUCUUGCAGGAAUUUUUAGUGAUGAGACAUCAUUCGUUACACUGCGUUUAGCGGCCAGCGUAUUGCAGGAGCACGACACCACCUCCAUUGUGGAUGAAGCUGUGCAUUACUGUGUUGUAGGACUGUGUGAAACAAGGCAUUAAGAGAUAUUAGACACUUCUUAAGGUCUUCAUUGUGCUCAGUAGGUAUAGCAAUGAUGUUACCUCUCAAACCAAAUACUCUUUAUCCUUGAUUUCACAACAGGACCUUAUUGCUAAUCCGUGAAGCUCAGGAAAGCUUCAACACUUGUACCUGUUUGUGUGUGUAUGUGCCACUUCUGAAGAUACCCUUUUCUUAAGUUACCGACUUAUGUGCAAAUCAGAUAGAAUUUAACUUUAUUUUCUUUUAACUUUCUCUCUCUGACAUAUUUCUCUCAGACUUAGAACCAGCACAAGUCCUCACAGUAAGUUGGAUUUGGUAAUGAAACAGUAUCUAUGCCAUAUCGCUCAGAAGUUGAAUAUCUCCUUUGCUGUUUCCCCUCGCCAUGUGAGGUAGAAAGAACCCUUAACACAAAGUCCAAGCUGAAUUUCUUCCUUGCUUCCCGUUUGUGUAAAUAGGGAGUAGAUGCACAUUUUCAGUGUCUAUCAUAAUAGUGCGAGGUUAUUUGUAGCAAUGUGUCAUUCUUUACUUGCUAGCACUCUGAUUUGUUUCAGCCAAUUUUGUCUGUAGUACUCACAUUAUAAUUGUAAUGUUAUAAAAUAUAUAUGUUUGUGCAAUAUGUAAGCUAUGAGUGGAUCCAUAGCCUUUUGAUUUAAUUGUACAUUAUUGUGUGUGUACAUGUGUAUAUAUUUAUGUAUAUAUGGACCAAAAUCCUUAGCUUGCUUACACUAUUGCUAGGGUAAAGAUUGUUACACUUAAUUUUAUGGGGCACAAAUUAUGGAAUUACUUCAUACACUAAUGGUAACAGUUUUGUAAAUCAUUGCACUACUAUAUAAUUACCAUUUAGUUAUGAAGUUUAUAGGUAUUGACAGAAGAAGUACAUUGAAGUGCUAAAGCCACAAAUUAUGGUAAUUACAUUUUGGGUUGUACAGUAAAUCAAAAUAUGCAUGUCAUCGUGACACUUGCUAUGUUAAAACAUGAUAGAUAAUCAGACUUCUGGGCCCUGUAAAAUAGUGUUACUGUAAUACUCUGUUGGCCGCCUGCCUUGUUUACAUUAAACAGGAUAUUUGGUAAACUUUUCUAUGAACAUGUGUAGGUUACUGACAGUGUUACCAAGGUCUGGAAUUCCUGGACCGUUCUUCAGGGGUGACUGUGUGCCACCCACUCUUCAAAGGAGCUGGUGACCAAGUUCGGCUUCUUAUGCUAACAAUGCAUGCAGGACUAAGAGGGAAAUCAAGAAAAUAAACCUGUAAUUUAAACAAAA